GCGCGUUGAUGAAAUUAUGAGUUGUAUCAACUUCCGCUUUGUUGUUCCUGCGAAGUUGUGACAAGUGACACUUAUCAUAACUAUGAAUUUUCACUCGCUUUAAUGCAGAGUUGUUGGGCAGCAGAACGUUUAUUUUAAUCUGAUAUCAUUGGUAAACAUGUCUUACACGAAGAUGUCUCCCCCUCUAUCCCCGACGGGGUCCCCACCCUCCUCACCUCUCAGUAGCUAUGGAAACGGCUUCAGUGGGCCCUCUAAGUCAGAGGCUAGACUGACAGCAACAGCAAAAAGACGAAAAUAUUUCCGACGCUUGUUCAAGUUUCGUCAAAUGGACUUUGAAUAUGCAUUCUGGCAGAUGGUGUUUCUGUUUUCGUCACCACAAAAAGUGUACCGCAAUUUCCAGUAUAGGAAACAUACAAAGGAUCAGUGGGCCCGCGAUGAUCCUGCCUUCCUUGUGCUGCUCAGCUUCUGGCUUCUAGCAUCAUCUGUUGGGUUUGUUGCUGUGCUGGGCCUCAGUGUUGUGGCUUUCAUCAAGUUCUUCCUGUGGGUCGUGUUUUUGGACUGCAUCGGAGUUGGACUGGUCAUUGCAACCCUGUUCUGGUAUUUGACAAACAAGUACAUGAUCACAGCACCUCCUCGAGGGCAGGAUGUUGAGUGGGGCUACGCGUUCGAUGUCCACCUCAAUGCUUUCUUCCCCCUACUUCUCAUCCUUCAUUUUUUCCAGCUGCCACUUCUGCAUCAUUUCAUCAACCAAGAUUAUUUUUUAUCUUGUUUCUUUGGAAACACGUUAUGGCUAAUAGCUAUUGGCUACUACAUCUAUAUAACGUUUCUUGGAUACAGUGCAUUGCCUUUCUUGAAGAACACACGACUGUUACUGUACCCCAUCACAGGCAUGGUGCUAGUGUACAUCCUGUCCCUCAUCUUUCAAUGGAACUUCAGUUGGGGGCUCUGCAGCUUCUACCGCAACCGGGUCAUGUAGGCCAACCCCGCGGAGCCCAGCUGAGCCCUGCGGAGCCAUGCGGAACCUGAGUUAUGCAAACACGAGUGACCUGUGGGAUACUGGUCCAUUGACCCUCACAUCAAUAUCAUUGCAACCUGUUACCAUGACUCCCAGGUCAGUGUAGUUCUGCUGGGGCAGAUUGUCGAUACCAUCACUGAUGUUUCUUCAGAGGAUGUGGAGUAAGGCAUUGCGGAGUCACCUGUUGCACUGUGAUUGAUAUUGUCUCACAUGUUGGGGGAGAGGUCAGGUGGAUUUGAUGAACGUUUUAAGUGUUCAAAUGUGUCCUAAGAACAAGGCAGUGCUGUCAUGGUACGGCAUGGAAACGUCAUUACAAAGUGGUUCACAUGAACAUGUUAAGGAGACACUCUUUCUAUUGCUUCAUUUAUCUGUUUAUACUUGAAGAAUGUGGGUUAUUAUUACACGAUAUAUUUCCACAUUCACUGCUUCAGAUGACUAGUUUAGCCAGUGUGCUGAAACUGACCACUGUUCUGAAUUACUUUGUGUCUGACAAUAUAGAAUAUGUGUCGACGGUUUUCAUUCAACAUGUGUGUGUACUUGGUUACUGUUGAGCGUUAUGAGGGUUGCGACCCGUGAAGAUCCGGGGUAGAAUAGGUCUUCAUCAACCCAUGCUUGUCGUAAGAGGCAACUAACGGGAUCGGUUGGUCAGGCUCGCUGACUUGUUUGAUGCAUGUCACCGUGUCUCAAUUG